CUGCUGAUUGGUCAAUGCCUGUUUCCAGCCCCGACCCAGCCAAUCAACGGGCGGCAGUGUUUUCAUCUUGGGGUCGGAAUAAAAGGACUGGAAUAAAAGGGGGCAGAAAAGGCGCCGGGCGGGCCCGAUACACAGCAGUAGGAAUCGGGUGGCUGCAGAGCCGAGCAAGGCCGCCGCGCCGCGCUGCACCAUGGCGCCCACCCUGGCCACUGCCCAUCGGCGCCGCUGGUGGAUGGCCUGCACAGCGGUGUUGGAAAAUCUCCUCUUCUCGGCAGUCCUCCUGGGCUGGGGCUCUCUGCUCAUCAUGCUCAAAUCGGAGGGCUUUUACUCCUACCUGUGUACGGAGCCAGAGAACAUCACCAAUGGCACGGUGGGGGGCACAGCAGAGCCGGAACCCGAGGAGGUGACCUGGAUAAAUAACUGGCUCACCUGCCAGGCCCAGGAUGAGAUGCUAAAUUUGGCCUUCACCGUGGGCUCCUUUCUGCUCAGCGCCAUCACCCUGCCCCUGGGCAUCGUCAUGGACAAGUAUGGCCCGAGGAAACUCAGGCUGCUGGGCAGUGGCUGCUUUGCUGUCUCCUGCUUGUUGAUUGCAUAUGGAGCGAGUAACCCCAACUCUCUCUCGGUUCUCAUCUUCAUUGCCCUGUCUCUGAAUGGCUUUGGUGGGAUGUGCAUGACCUUUACCUCAUUAACACUGCCCAACAUGUUCGGUGACCUCCGGUCCACAUUUAUUGCCUUGAUGAUUGGCUCCUAUGCCUCCUCAGCAGUCACCUUCCCAGGAAUCAAGCUCAUCUAUGACGCUGGUAUCUCCUUCAUCGUCAUUCUUGUGGUCUGGGCUGGCUGUUCCGGGUUGGUUUUCCUCAACUGCUUCUUUAACUGGCCUCUGGAGCCCUUCCCAGGGCCAGAGGACAUGGACUACACGGUGAAGAUCAAGUUCAGCUGGCUGGGCUUUGACCACAAGAUCACAGGGAAGCAGUUCUAUAAGCAGGUGACCACUGUGGGGCGCCGCCUCAGUGUGGGCAGCUCCAUGAGGAGCGCCAAGGAGCAGGCAGCACUGCAGGAGGGCCGCAAGCUGUGCCUGUCCACCGUUGACCUGGAGGUGAAGUGCCAGCCAGAUGCUGCAGCAGCCCCCUCGUUUAUGCACAGCGUGUUCAGCCCCAUCCUGCUUCUCAGCCUGGUCACCAUGUGCAUCACUCAGCUACGUCUCAUCUUCUACAUGGGGGCCAUGAACAACAUGCUCAAGUUCCUGGUCAGCGGCGACCAGAAGGCAGUUGCCCUCUACACCUCCAUCUUCGGUGUGCUCCAGCUGCUCUGCCUCCUGACGGCCCCUGUCAUCGGUUACAUCAUGGACUGGAGGCUGAAGGAGUGUGAGGACGCCUCUGAGGAGCCUGAGGAGAAAGACGCCAACCAAGGUGAGAAGAAGAAGAAGCGAGACCGGCAGAUCCAGAAGAUCACCAAUGCCAUGCGGGCCUUUGCCUUCACAAACCUGCUGCUUGUGGGCUUUGGGGUGACCUGCCUCAUUCCCAACCUGCCUCUACAGAUUAUCUCCUUCAUCCUGCAUACAAUUGUGCGAGGAUUCAUCCACUCUGCUGUCGGGGGCCUGUAUGCCGCUGUGUACCCCUCUACCCAGUUCGGCAGCCUCACAGGACUGCAGUCGCUGGUCAGUGCCCUCUUCGCUCUCCUGCAGCAGCCCCUGUUUCUGGCCAUGAUGGGUCCCCUCCAAGGAGAUCCUCUGUGGGUGAACGUGGGGCUGCUUGUCAUGAGCAUGCUGGGCUUCUGCCUCCCCCUGUACCUGAUCUGCUACCGGCGCCAGCUGCAGAGGCAGCUGCAGCAGAAGCGGGAGGAUGACAAACUUUUCCUCAAGAUCAACGGUUCAUCCAACCGGGAGGCUUUUGUGUAGCACCUACCACCUCAAAACUGUGGCCUGUGCUUCAGUAACUGACCCGUGUCCUCCACCCCACCCCAGAGGACCCCAUGUACCCCCAGGAUCCUUCACGCUCCCUCCCAGGGCCCUGGUUUUGCCUUGAAGCUCUGUGAUGGAAGGACAGGAGAGGGCCCAAGACAAGCCAGCUUCUACUGGGUCUCCGCAGUGCCUGCAGGAGGAGGCUCUCUCCCUGGAGUGUCUGGAUUCUGCCUCUUGCCAAAGUAUAGGGGUCGGCCAUCCCUGCCACCACCUGCCCCUUGGCUGCAUGCCCACCGGCCACGCCUGCCCAAGGACAAAGGCUUGCACUGUCUGCACCCCCUUGCCUGGCCCCUCGCCUCCUUCUUUGGCCAGCCUCAGGCUGCCUGAGGAAGGAAGGACCCGCUUCCUGUUGUUGGUGCUAACUCCUUUGUAAUCCCAGCCCCCCCGUGGCCUGUCCAUGGCCUGUCCUACCAUUUCAGGCCUGUGGAUAAGCCCCCCUGGCUUCCAGCCUGGGGAGAAGAUGGAGGGCCAGGUGGUCACACAAAGCCUCAGGAGCUGUGCACAAGGCUGACAAGAGUUCCCUGGCCUCCUUCUUCAGGGCCUAGGAGGGCAGCACGUUUCCACUGCCAUCCUCAGGCCAAUCUGCCACCUGAAGGGAAUUAAAAGGCCACUACCAGGGCGCCCCCACAUACACACAACUGUUUCUGUGGGGGUGGAAGUAAGGCUGUGGCUCACAGACAUGAAGGCCUGGGGCAAGAAGGGGACUUGUGACAGACCAGGGGUGUGUAUGUGCAUGUGGUGUGUGUGAGACGGGGUGUGAGUGGGCUCUGGGGUCUGCUCCAUCCCCACCCACCCCCCAAACCAGGAGCCAGCCAGGCCUGCAGCCCAGCCUGCGCCACGGAAGAGCCAGCCUGGCUGGCAGCCAGGAGCCUUGCAAGGCCGCAGGGCCACAGCGCCCUCUGCUGGCAGAGCCUGCCAGACCCUGGGUGCUGUUUACAUGGGAGAGGCCGGGCACGCCUGGCUCACCACCCACCUUGACUGCCCCCAGAAAUGUGUCUGAGACCUGGGAGUGGUGAGAGGGGUGAGUUGAUUUUUAGGUUUUUAGUUCUUUUGUUCUCUUUUUAAGUUUUAUCAGACUUCUUUUUAUAAAGCAAUAAAUUCAUUUUCCUCCUGGAUAAGGGAUGCCCCCUUCUAGCAUAUCAGUUAAUGGCUGCAUGUGCUGUUUUGACCUUGAACAGAAAAGACAGGAUUCUCUGCCACUGACCAGCCCCAGCCAUGCCCAGCUGCUCACCCUUUCUCUGGGGGAUUGCUGUCUUGGGAGGGGCAGUGGGCCCAACAAAUGGGGCUUGUACAGACAUCUUAGAAGCAUGGGCCCUCCUUUCUCUGCUUUUUGCCCCAGCCAUACCAGCUAAUGCAGACCCCUUUCCAUUCCCUACCACAAUCUUGAGGGUUUCUCCUGAGUUCAGAACAUAAGGUGAGCCCAGGAGAGCCGCAGGCUUAGAGCAGAGUCAGGGUAUGUGGGGUGAAUGAAGGAGAACGGGAGGGCAGAUCAGGCCCAAAUUCAACCUCUGCAUUAACACUGAAGCAUGUCAAAUACAUCCGAUCUCCUAUGCCUCAGUUCACUCAAAUAUAAAUACAUCAAGCCCGCCCCCAACAAAAGAAAGGAACUAGUUCAACAUUUCCCAAACCACUCCCGAGAACAUUCAGUCUAUAAGUUAAUGGUUAUUCUAAUUUUUUUUUUAAGUUCUAUAGACAAAUUCAGGAAAAGCUGGCUUAAAGUCCAGCCUGCUACAAUGAAGCACUCACAGCACUUUCUGCAUAAUCAUGAACUUUUAUGGCUAAGUGUGGCAGGUUUCCUGCUGAGGAGCAGUUCUGAUGACCAGAGCCAUCAGACUCCAGGUGUGACCCAGUAGCCACCCCAACCGGAGCUCCUGGGGUGCUGGGUAAAGAUGCAGACUCUGGGUCUUGCCCCAGACUGGUUGUUCUAGUGCCUGCCAAAGACUGAUCCCUACCAUGGUGGAGUGCAGACUGGGAAAACAAAUCAGUAUGGGCUCUUCCAGCUCCCCAGUGUUGAGGUUGGGCAGAUAUGGCCUGUGCUGUCCUGAGAGGUGCCCAGGCCUAGCCAAAAUGGGAGCUGCUGCCUCCUCCCAUCCUCCCACACCUUUUGGGAAGAAGCAGGCACUGAGUGACUGGUAUUGAGGGUAGAAAGUUAACAGCCAACAAUUGUUGGAGAUUUGAGCAUGAAAAUAGUUGCAGGGUGCAGAGGUUGUGGCUAGGGUUGGGUACCACUUACACCUAAUCAGGGGCCCGUCCUUUGACUUUGUACAGAGUUGAUAGGUUCCUCAUUUCUGUAUUAUCACUGAAUCAUGAUAACGAUCUAGGAGUUAAAUAGAUACUGUCAUCUUUAUUUUAUAGCUGAAAGAUUAAGGGCCAGACAGGUUGAGUAACUUGCUAAAGGUAGAACCAGGACUCAUAUAUGUGUCUUAAGUCAUUGGGGCAGCCAAGGCCUUCUAGACAGAGACAUACCAUUUGCAGCAGCAGCUCCAGGGGCCACCAGGCCUCUGCAGCAGGGAGGCAAUAGCAUGAGGAAGGGGAGCCAGCUCAGGCCAUGGUCUCUGUUUCUUGGAGCCAAAAGCUUCCUCAGAGGAGGUGGUGGACUCAGUAGAGUCAUGUUGGCCCUAGAGGCUGAUGGGUACUUCAGGGAGCAAUUUCCUGGUGACUCCAGACCCCAAGAAGAGUGCUCUGAAGUGGGGGAGGGACCACAGCUGAUCAAAGGCAGUUGUACCCAGUGGCUGUGCCCCUCCUGUCUUCUUCCUUGUCCUCCAGGCUCCUGAUGGAAAGGAGCAGGAGGUUCCUGACCCUGAGCUUUCAGUCAGAGUGAAGAAAGCAGCGGGGCCCCGCUCCUCACCAGGCUCUGGGGGCUAGGCAUUCCUUUGUGGUUGGCUUCCUCCAAACCCACUAGGUCUCUGAUUCAGCUCCCACUACCUGGGCCGGCACACGGGGAAGGUUCCAACCCUUGCAGGGGCCAACAAUGUGGCCUCAGGCCCCUGUGGAUUCUUUUUGUUCCAUCUGCCUUCCCCUGUACCCUUCUUGUCAUCCUGGUCAGAAGAACUACUACAGCCCUCCUUGUAAUGGCCCUGUGUGGUAUAGUCUGAGGAUGGUGUCACAUUGUCCCAGACCCCAAGGAUGCUGAAAAUGGUGGGACAUCCAGUAUUGAGUUAAUGCGUGCAUGACUGUCCCAGACAGUAGCACAGACACAUUCAGCCACGGGGGGUUUCUAAUGCCCUUGCGUGUCAGCCUGUAUGAAUGUGAGCAGAUGACAACCAGGAGUGGGGGUGGGAACAAGCUGUAGCCAUCCUGUGGUGAAGGGCUCCUUUUAGGAGCUCCAAGGAGGCUUCUUCAUAGAACUGGCUCUCAGGGCCAUUGAGGCAGCAGCUCCCCUCCCUCUGAAGGGUAACAGGAUGAGUUCUUGGGGCAGGAAGUUACCAACUCGAGGGUGGUAGCCCACAGUCCUCAAAUAUAAGUCAUGGGAUUACGAGGGUCAGGAGCCUUGGACUCCUUAAGGGGUUAUCCGUGUGCUGUGCCCCUCCCAUAUGGCAGGGGUCAGGAUGAACAAGUAGGCUCUGGAAGCCUGUUCUCUCCUUGCCCUGACUUACCCCAAGACCUGGGGUGAGGACGGAGCUUCCCGAACGGGAAGAAGGAGGUGCAGCCUUCUCCGUGUGAGUGGCCUGCCAUGGCUCAGGCCUCUCCCUGCCAGCAUGUAGCCACCACUUGUAUCCCAUGGUAUCUGCAGUCAGUCAUUUUCACUCUCUUGUGCAGAUCUGAGACUAAUCCAGGGCCCCUGGCACUCCUAGGCUUCAACCCUUCUCAGAAUGAGGCUCCAGCACCCCAUGCCAAGGAGGCCAUGAGAGAAGAGCAAAGGUUGGGGGCCUCACCAUGUGCUAUCUUGGUGGCCUUAGGCAAGUCUCUAGCUUUAGGUUAUCAUCUGUAACAUGGAGGUAGUAAUACUUCCACAGUGCAGCUAAGUGACCACAUAGCUAAGCACCUGCCCAGUAGCAUACCCGGCACUUAAUAGGCACUGACCAGUGAUUGUCAGGACCCUGGAAGAAGGCAGCUAGCACAGGGAAUGAGGCAGUCCCUGUUUACAGGACACCCAAAUUAGCUGCUCUGACCAGGAUAGAUUCAUGGCCAAGAAAGUGAGGUCUGUAUCUGCCACUCCCUACCCUUCUCACAACCCCUCUCUAAGCAGAAGCCUUAAGAAAUUAUUCCCUCGUUUGCUUGUCUUUUAUGGCGUCCACAUUUUGGUAAGACUAGGCCAAAAAGCUUCUCAAGAUAAUCUCUGAAUGCUGACAGGUUUACGUGGAGCAGGGUGAGUCAGAUCACAGUCACAUAGGCAGCAUCUCUACACCUCCUCCUUGUAAAACUGCAGGCCGUGCCUCUGUGUGUGUGUGUGUGUCUCAGUAUGAGGUGUGUUCUGGGCAUGUCAGGGUGUGCAUGUGUGUGGAGGAGCUUGUCUGUGCACCUCUCUACCUAGAUGGGAGAGGGGGAUGGCCUUGCCUCACUGAAUUCCUUUCCAUUGCUGGAAAGAUAUCUAGUCAGGCCUGGCCCAAGGACCCAGCCCAGGCCCUCCCAGUGGGGCCUGAAGGGUUCGUCCAUCCCCUGUAUCAACCAGGGUCAACACAGUGUCGCUGACAGCUCAGCAGCUGACCCCAACUCUUCCCUUCCCUUUGCUGUUUCUAGCACCUGGCUUACUUCUGGCACACAGUAAGCACUCAAUAAAUGUAUGCUGAG